UAUUGACAGAGUGUGCACGAAGCAUUGCUAAUAAGAUUAGUGACAUCAACAUAACUCUUGUAUCGAACAGCAACAUCCCACCAAAAUCAUUGAGCUUUGCUCUAAAAUCAAAGAAGAAAUACUCAGACAGUGUGAAAUUUGAUAUUUUGCCAGCCUUUGAUGCACUGGAAGGAUCAUCAAAUGGAAAUACAGCCCAUCUCAGGCUAAUAAAAUUCGUAAGCGAAAAUGGUGAUCCAUGUGGGGAAUUUUCUGCAUGUUUUACUGAGCUUCAGAGGAAUUUUGUGAAGCAACGUAAUGCAAAACUUAAAGACUUGAUUCGCCUGCUAAAAUAUUGGUACAAAGAGUAUGUCAAGCCACGGGAAUCUGAGCUGGCUCCUGGUCAACGUCUGCGUGCUAAGUAUGCGGUGGAGCUGCUGACUAUCUACGCCUGGGAGCAAGGCAACGGGACUGAGAGAUUUGUCACUGCUGAAGGUUUUCGGACAGUCCUUGAGCUGAUCUGCAACUAUCAAAAUCUGCAUAUUUACUGGACCGACCGUUACAAUGUCAACAAUCAAGACAUUGUAAAUUUUCUACGUAAGAAACUCUGUGGCAGCAGACCAAUAAUCCUUGACCCGGCCGAUCCAACUAAUAAUGUGGCUUCGUCUGAUGGAUGGAACGUGAUGGUCAAGGAGGCCAAGAAAUGUCUCAGCUCUUCAUGUGUCUCUGGAGUCCAAGCAUGGAAGGUCCAGCCAAUGGCACAGUUUGAAAUCACUGUGAUUAGCCUGAAUGGCUCCUCAUUACCCCUGAUGGCCAACAGUGACACCAACAUUUUAAUGAUCAAGAAUCAAAUCCAGCAAAACUGGGGCAUUCCAGUUCACCAACAACGCCUGAUGGUCAAUGAAACUAUUCUGAAUGGUGGCAAAACCUUAUUGGAUUCUGGAAUAUUCUUUGAUGCAAAGCUCCACCUACUUGUGACAAACUCAAUGGAGAUAUUUGUAAGGCAUCCAAAUGGACAUAACCGAAAAAUUAAUGUGUCCCCGACUGACAAGGUUUUGAGCCUGAAAAAUGAGAUCCAAAAUCUGGAGGGCAUUUCUCCAAGCCAAUAUUACCUGACCUUUCAGUCACAAACACUAGAAGAUAGCCACACGCUGGAAUACUACGGCAUUGAUCAACAUUGUACCAUUGGCAUCAACUUGCGUCUCCGCGGGGGCAAGGCAUCUUGAAAAUCAACGCAAUAUUAAAACGUUUAAACCACGUUUUAAUGAGACAUCUUAUCAACUGGAUUUAUUUGGAACAUGUCGUAAAUAUAAGUACUACAUAUUAAUCCUUUUCACUGAUUUAUAUGUAUCUGAAAAUACAAAAAUUAAAAUGAAAUUAAUGUUGAGAAUGAGAUGAGACUUCAAGUAAUGUUUAAAGUGGAAUGACCCUGUGCAUUUUGAAAUAUAUAUUCUACUUUUAAUCACUGCAGGGAAUGAUACUUUGACUGGAAUACUUUCUUAUUUGAAUGUGAUUUCUUCCACUGCUCCUCCAGAUUAGUUAAUGUGACCAAUCAUUGCCUGAGGUUUUUGGGAUCAGCCUGU